UGUCACUCUAGAACUCACCUCUAAAACCAAAAAUAGAAACAUGGAGAGCUGAAACGUUGAAGCGAAAAUACAGAAGGCUCCUUGUCGUCGCUCUGUGCUAGUAGUAGCAAAAAAUGUUGCACUGAAAUUAGGGUUUUUCUAGCUACAAGACAGACCAACAAAGUGAGGAAGAAGAGUGAAGAGACACUGAGCUUUGUACACGUCGUAAAAUGAGUGCGUCGAGGUUCAUAAAGUGCGUCACUGUCGGUGACGGUGCCGUUGGCAAGACUUGCAUGCUCAUUUCGUACACCAGCAACACUUUUCCUACGGACUAUGUGCCAACUGUCUUUGACAAUUUUAGUGCAAAUGUGGUUGUGGACGGAAGCACUGUUAAUCUAGGGUUAUGGGAUACUGCAGGUCAGGAAGAUUACAAUAGAUUAAGACCUUUGAGCUAUCGAGGGGCAGAUGUGUUCCUGCUUGCAUUCUCUCUUGUUAGCAAGGCUAGUUAUGAAAAUGUUGCGAAGAAAUGGAUUCCUGAAUUGAGGCACUAUGCACCUGGUGUUCCAGUUAUUCUUGUUGGGACAAAGCUUGAUCUUCGGGAAGAUAAGCAAUUUUUUUUAGGCCACCCUGGUGCAGUGCCCAUCACCACAGCCCAGGGGGAAGAACUGAGAAAACUGAUUGGAGCUCCUAUUUACAUCGAGUGUAGUUCAAAAACACAACAGAAUGUGAAAGCUGUAUUUGAUGCGGCAAUCAAGGUGGUUCUCCAGCCACCGAAGCAGAAGAAGAGAAAGAAGAGAAAGGCACAUAAGACCUGCUCUAUAUUGUGAUUCUUCCAAAAAAGAGUUCUGUGGACGAAGCAUAACCAGAUAGCUGUUUUAUCCUCCUUCUCGCCCCCAUUGUUUUUCUCGUCUUUUCCCUACUGGAGAAAGUAGCUGACUGAGGUUUGUAGUCUCAACUGACUUAACUAGGGGGGUAUCUGGAAGCAUCAAAUCGAGUAUUUUUCAGUUUCUGGGUUAUGUUUCAAUUUGUAUAUUAAUUAAUUCAUAUUGUGUUUGUUAACAUGCAUUCCUCCCUGUUUCUUUAGAUCUAAAAUAUGAUGUUUUAUUUACCAGAAUGAGGAAAAUCUAUUAUAUGAGAACUCCUUUCCUCAUAUAUCAUGUUUCAUAAUCUGAUACUGAUCUGAGUACUAUUUAAGAAGCAUAAUAUAUAUUGUUUGGCUUGAUGUUUAA